AUGGCCUUGUUCUACGACUACAAUGUGGCGGUGCCGGCCAACCUACGCCAGAUCUGCUCAGUCUGGGGAGAGCUGGACCCCGUGCUUGCCGUCGCAUUGGAGAAUCGAGAAAUCCAUUUUUUCACCGAUGAGGGCGAUAAGCAACAGGGACUGGAGAGCUACUCGCGUAGUGCCGAUAUCGUCACCAUGGCCUGGCAGCCUCGUGGUGGGGCACUUGCAGUAGGCUGGAGCGACGGUAUGGUGUCUCUAUGGGUGUUUAAUGAGCAGGCAGCGCGCGAGGUGAACUCCCCACACACAAGCCGCGUUUGCCUGUUGAAAUGGGCUCCAGCAGGCAACCGACUCAUGUCUGCGGACGAGAACGGAGUAUUCGCAGUCUGGAAAGUGGACAGUCGUUGCCAGCUCACGCUCAGCACGCAAUAUGCACGCCAAGGUAGCCUCACCCAUUGCGUAUUUGCCACUCGACCCACUCUGUCGAAGGACAGUAACACCAAACCCGACCACUUUGCUCAACAUUCCUGUCCGCAAUUCUUUUUCGGCGGUGCAGUGGGAUCUGUGCACUAUGCUGACGACCUGGGACAUAUCUCGGACAUUCAAGUUCUGAAUCAUGCGAUCGAGUCGAUGAUGUUUUACGAAGAACAGAACCGCCUGCUUGUCAUCACGCGGGCAGUGCAGCUUAUUGUGUACCAAAUAGGAGCGACGGAUGGCACGGUGAAGCCAAUAACUAAGGUCAAACUGAGUCUCGCGGGAGAAGGAUCUUUGCUUGAAAGCAAGUGGGCUAGUCCAGGGCUACUAGCUAUUGCGUCCGGCGAACCUUUAGUGCGCUUUUGGAACAUUCGCACGGAAGAGAACAGCGUCUUGAGCUUACCAAAGUCGAGUGGACUCAACUACAACGUCAACAAUUUGAGUUUCUCCCCACGAAGGCGUGUCCUCGUGGCUGGUACGGCUCAAGGAGCAGUGUUUUUCUGGCGCGCCACGUCCUUUAUUGACAGCAUUGCGCAGGGUAACGCUGACCCUGCGAAUGUUUCAUAUCGUUGGGACCUUCUGUUUACGGCCGAGGUGGGCCGAGCAGUCACACGUCUUGGAUGGAGCAAUGCACACCCUGCCUUAUACGCCAAUACUGUCGAAGGUGUCGUCAUUUUGCAUGAAGGCAACAUGCAGCGUGCACUCUGUGGAGAUACCGCAGUAAUUCAAGUACGACCCAAGACCCUUUCAAUUGAAAAAUUCCAAGAUGGAGUGCAGUCUGGCGUGACUAUCACGCAGUCGAUGCUAGAGGCAUCACUGCGUGUUAAGGGUAUUUCGCACGACGGGUCAACACUUGUGAUUUGGAACGGCUCGAAAGCAGAAGUGUACGAGAUGAAGGAUGGCGAUGCUAAGAUGAUCAACCAGUUCAAAUGUUUCUCCAGUUCUAUGGUGCUAAGAGGUGAAUCCAUCUACCGUGCGAAUGGGAACCACGUCGAAGUGUGCAAUCUUGCAGGAGUCGUAAAAAACACUAUCUCGUUCACAGAAGCAGAGGGCCGACCAGCGAUGCUGUCACUUCAAAAUAAGUUUCUCGCAGUGGGUACAGAUCGUGGUCUUCUGCGUGUGUUCGACGUGUCACGUCGUGAUCCAAAAGCUCUCGGAAGUAUGGGCAACCUCCCCGAAGCUUUUGAUGAAGAGACAAAAUGCACCGUGAUGCGCGCCAUUUGUGUCAACUCAGACGGCACACGUAUCUGCAUUUUAGCUGACCGAGUCGAAGGCGGCUUGUGCAUGCGAGAGCCGUCGAACAAGCUCUAUUUGUUCCAAACGGACCUCAAUAUCUACCAACAAUUCGACUUUGGAUCUUCACGAUACCCAGUUUCCGUCUUCUUUGACCCUCAAGAACCACGCUUGCUUGUUUGCGAGACGGUUAAGACUGGCAACGAUAACUUGUCGACCGCAGCAGGUGGCGUUAGUCGUCGGGACUUAAAUUCCGACGACGGACUCGGAGCCGGCGUUGCAGGUGGCAACCGAGGAAGCCAAGUCUCGGACAAGGAGAUCACGAUCAUUUUUGCGUCAAACGAGCACGGUCUUCUCAUGCAAGAUAGCUUCGAUCUUGAGCUAAAGUACACGGCGUUGCUCGGUAUUCAAGUUCCACGUGUGUAUUUCGUAGCGAAAGUGGACAGUAGCUCUUCGGAUGACUCCACUACUGUGGUGCACGUUGGUCGAACAAAGACCAACAAUCCAAUGACGAAAACCCCGACAGUCUACGAUACUGUAAGCUACUUGCGAACGCAGAUCAUGCGUGACUUCACAGGCCUGGACAAGGUCAAUAACGAGGCCAAGCAAGCUUUAAUCGACUUCUGCUACUUUAUGACGGUCGGCAAUAUGGACGAGGCUUAUCGCUCGGUAAAACUCAUUGAGAACCCGUCUGUUUGGGAGAAUAUGGCUCGCAUGUGUGUCAAGACAAAGCGCUUAGAUGUGGCUGAAGUUUGUCUUGGGAAUAUGGGUCAUGCUCGAGGUGCAGCUGCCGUGCAAGAAGCCAAGAAGGAACCGGAAGUUGAAGUGGCGAUUGCCAUGGUAGCGAUCCAACUGGGACUGCGUGAUGAUGCAGCGAGACUUUACCGCGAGUGUGGGCGUUACGACCUAGUUAAUAAACUAUACCAAGCAUGUGGAUACUGGAAAAAAGCAGUAGACGUAGCAACCAAACGCGAUCGUAUUCAUCUCAAGGCGACGUACCAUGCGCUUGCACGGCACUACGAAGAAAUGGGCGAUCUCAAGGAGGCCAUGGAGGCCUACGAAGAUGCUGGUACUCAUCAGAAAGACAUCCCACGAAUGCUAUUUAAGUUAGGGAAGGUCGAUCUUCUGCAGAAGUACGUUGCUACCUCUAGUAAUCGCGACCUAUUGAUCUGGUGGGCGCAAUUUCAAGAGAGUCAAGGUCAAUUCGAUGCGGCAGUGGAGAGUUACCAGCGUGCCAAGGACUAUCUGUCCAUUGUUCGCGUCUUGUGCUUCAAGAAGGACUUCCAGGCUGCUGCCAAAGUGGCACAGACAAGUGGGAAUCGCGCAGCAGCUUACCAUUUGGCCCGACAAUUUGAAGCACACAACGAGGUUUCCAACGCGAUCCACUUCUUCGCAAGUGGUGGCUGCUACAACCACGCGAUUCGUCUUGCCAAGGAGCACCGCAUGGAUGCUGAUCUCAUGGGCUUUGCCCUGAUGAGCAAACCAAACGACAUGCUUGACUGUGCUGCGUACUUUGAAGAACAGCGCGAAAUGGAGAAGGCAGUCCAGCUCUACCACAAAGGAGGCAAUGUGGCUAAAGCUCUGGACUUGUGCUUUCAAGCGCAACUUUUCGACGAGCUGCAUCACCUCACGGACGAACUUAGCGGCUCUGGCAAUACGUCGCCAGCGAUUCUCAAGAAAUGCGCAGACUUUUUCAUCGCGAAUGGACACUACGCUAAGGCUGUGCACUUGUGUUUGAUCGGAAACCGAUUGGCUGAGGCAUUGGACGUGUGCAUGCAGCAGGAUGUAAAGGUUACAGAUGAGAUGGCCGAGAAGAUGACUCCACCUAAAGGUGAUGGCAGCACGGCGCCUGCAGACAAAAAGAGACGCACGGAGUUACUUCUCAAGCUUGCCAAAUGUUGCAAACAACAAGGUUCAUAUCAUUUGGCAACGAAGAAAUACACCCAAGCUGGCAACAAACUCAAAGCUAUGAAGUGUCUACUCAAGUCGGGAGACACUGAAAAGGUUGUAUUCUUCGCCAAUGUGUCGCGCAAUGCUCAAAUAUUCGUUCUCGCGGCCAACUACUUGCAGAAUCUGGAUUGGCGCAAUGACACCGAGAUCCUUAAGAAUAUUGUGGUAUUCUACACCAAAGCUCGUGCGUUUGAGCAGCUAGCAGCGUUCUAUGCUGGCUGUGCUCAGGUUGAGAUUGAGGAGUAUCGCGACUAUGAGAAGGCAAUUUCGGCGUUGCAAGAAGCUGUACAGGUGGUGUCCAAGUCUCGUGCAGACGGCAAGGACGCACUGCUAAAGCGCUAUGAGAAACGCAUUCUACUUAUUGAACAAUUCACUGUGGCCCGUCAACAGGCUAAGCACAACCCGAAGGAGACGAUGGACAUGGUCACGAAAUUGCUGGAGGAGCCUGGAAUCGAGGAAGCUAUUCGUGUCGGUGACGGGUAUGCAAUGCUGGUUGAAGGGUAUUAUGAGGAAGGUGAGCUGAACAAGAGCUUAGAGACGAUGGAGGAGAUGAAGCGAAAGGGACUCACGCUCAAGUCGUACGUGGACCCUCGAGUUGUGGAGGCUGUUCAAGCGAAGCUAGGCGUUUCGCUGGGGGACGACAGGCGCCGUAGACCUUCACCAAGCGACUACAAGCAGGGGAGUUCCUCUAGCCGUCCUGACUCGCGUGAAGCCAAACCUGGUCAACCAACAAGUCGUCCUGUUUCGAGAGAGGCGCAUAGUAUCCGCCCAGGUUCUCGUGGGGCUGCAAUGAGUCGCCCCAACUCACGCGAGGACAAAAUGGGAGACGACGAGGUCGAAGACGAAAUGGAAGAAGACAUCGCUGAGGACGAGUAG